ACACAAUCCCUCUCUCUCCUUGACAACACGCACACAUACAUACACACAUUUGCAGAGCUGGAGUUGCCGCAAAGCCCCGUCCUCCAGGGCUUUUUAAACACCGUGUUUGCUUCACGCUCCAACAAUAUCAUCCAAUUGAAGAGGCGCAGCGCGUAAUGCACUGAACCGACGGACACCGUGGGAACAGCGCCGAGGACGGAGCAGAGCACAGCGCGUUAUGGUUUAGGGAAGAAAGAAAGGAAGCAUCGUUUAGGUGUUUAAAAAAGAGAGAGAAGAGACGCCUAAUCUGACUUAGCAUCGUCAACACAAGAGAGGGGGACUCGGUGAAAUGUGACCGGUGUCCCGUUGUUUUUUUCAAUGUGGUUGGGUCUGCAGCCGACUCGGUCGUUGCAGCUUGCUCGGUACGUGGAUGCAGGAGCGCACGGCUGUGGGGUUAAAAUCCAGCACCGGAUCUUGGAAGACAAUAGGUGAAAUACACGCCGGCCUGGAUAUCCAAUACUGCACUAAACGAGGGUCUGAAUCCGCUUCCACUUCACAUUAGUGUCAAUCAGGUCAGAGAGGGAAGUGAAAGCCAGGCAGGUCGCUGGAACAGCAUGGCGGCCGUAGUGAACUACUCUCCCCCAUGGUGGGUCAACCUGCUCCAUCGGAUGCCUCAUUUCAACCUUGAAUUCCAGCUCGUGAGCAGUGAUUUCAGACCGGAGGACUCUGAGUAUCAGAAGUCCAUUCUGCUGCUGGCUUCCGUGGCCGUGCUGUGUCUGGGCCUGGACCUCCUCUUCCUCCUCUUCUACUCUUUCUGGCUUUGCUGCCGGCGACGUAAGAGUGACGAUUCCUCGCAUUCUCAUUCGCACUCCCAGCAGCCCAGCGCCGACUGCUGCUGCACCGCCUGGUGCGUCAUCAUCGCCACCCUCGUAUGCAGCGCUGGCAUCGCUGUGGGAUUCUACGGAAACGGGGAGUCGAGCGAUGGAGCCAACCGUUUGGCGUACUCCCUCCGUCACGCCAACCGCACCGUAUCCGGGGUGGAGAAACUGGUGACAGACAGCGCCCUCGCCUUAAACCAGACAGUGGAGGAGAACCUGGCUCAGUUGGAGACGGCCUUCCAGGAGCAGACGGACUACGUGUCCAUCGUCCAGAAGCUGCAGGGACAGCUGGACGAGCUGGUGAGGCUGAUGGUGGACGUUCCCUUCUGGUCCAAUACUGACAUCUCCCUGGAGGACUUGGCUCGCAAGACAGAGGCCUUUGAUUUUUACAGGUGGUUGGGGUACCUUGGCCUGCUGCUAUUUGAUGUGCUCAUUUGUCUCCUGGUGCUGUUCGGCCUCAUACGCAACUCCAGAGGCACUCUGAUUGGAGUGUGCCUGCUCGGGGUUUUGACUCUGAUAAUCAGCUGGGGGUCUCUCGGCCUGGAACUGGCUGUCGCUGCUUCGGCCAGUGACUUCUGCGUUUCACCAGAUACCUACAUCACCCGGGUGACCAAGGAGAACGCUGUCAUCAACCAAGACAUCCUGCAGUAUUACCUGAGGUGCAGCUCUGGCCAAAUCAACCCCUUCCAGCAGAGGCUGUCAGGGAGUCACAAAGCAUUGGUGGAGAUGCAGGAUGAUGUGGCAGAGCUACUGAGAUCAGCAACACGUGAUUAUGCCAGCACCAAGGGGAGUCUGGAGCAGAUCCAGUCCGUGCUGAAUUCCACUGAGGUCGGCCUUCACCAGCUGACCGCUCUGGUCGACUGUCGCAGCCUACACAUGGACUACGUCCAGGCUCUGACCGGGCUCUGCUAUGACGGUGUUGAAGGUCUCAUCUACCUGGUUCUCUUCUCUUUUGUCACCGCUCUGAUGUUCUCCUCUAUUGUGUGCAGCGUGCCACACACCUGGCCCAACAAGAGGACGGAUGAGGAAGACGGAGAGGACGAGUCGGGCGCCUCACGGGGCGGUGUGCACGAUAACCUGUACCGCGUUCACAUGCCCAGUCUCUACAGCUGUGGCUCCAGCUAUGGUAGCGAAGCUAGCCUGCCCGCUACCGCCCACACUGUCAGCAAUGCCCCCGUCACUGAAUACAUGAGCCAGAACGCAAACUUUCAGAACCCUCGGUGUGAGAACACCCCCCUGAUUGGCAGGGAGUCCCCUCCACCCUCUUACACCUCAAGUAUGAGAGCAAAGUACCUAGCCACCAACCGACCGGACCAGAACCGACGUUCCGUACCCAACGACCAACUGGACCCGGCCAGCCGGCCCCACCCCACUGCCCGACCACAGUCCUCAGUUCACUAGAGACCGGAGUCUUACCAGAUCAUCCCAGUACUGCCUGAAUCCAGUUCUCAAAGCCAAUACACAAGAAGCAACACAACAGAGAUGAGUGUUUGAAGCAACCACACGGUUUGUCGAGGUCUGCUGAAGAUCACCAACACACAACACACAGGACUCAUCAACCAAGCACCUCAGCAAAGGACUGCACUUUGAUGGUCAAACCUAUAGGUUAAAAAAGAAAAUCCACAGCCCAACCCUCUCAGCAGAUAAUUUCUCCUCUUCUUCUUACCCACAAUGCACUGCGGUUAAAGCGCCUUGGCUACAUCUCCAGUUCCUUCUUGUCCUCUCCAAUACUCCUCUCCUCCACUGGGAUCCGUACACUGCCCUCUAGUGGAGACAGCCGCUCUCACCACCCUAUGCCCUUCUCCAUUCAGACGGCACACUCACACACAGACAAAAGCAAACACACAUACGCACACACACACACACACACAUUGUACAGAGCUGUAAAUAGCAGACAUGUGCUUUACUCUGAUUCCAUGAAAAGUAGGCUGUUGAAUCAUUACUGGUGAAGUGGUGUGCUGUGUGUUGAUCAUGAAAACCUUUGCUGUAUCUCUUAUUCAGACACACACAAACACAGGCCAACACACAUCUGUAUAAAUACAAAGCCAGAGAAUCAGAAAGCCAUGUUUAGAUCCAAGCAGUACCACCACAUACACAUCCUCUUUAGCCUAACAUUGUUGUCUAACUAAGACUUGAAUCGUGAGCUUGAAAAGCGUGUCCGCAUCUUUCUUCAUAUCUGUUUACGUGCACAUGCAGUACACACGUCGAUUAAAUGCAUUUCCAGUACGAGCCAGGAGCCCUGAAGUGGACGGACUGCGUUGAAUUUUGGAACCGAGUGAGAGAGAAAGGACACAAGAAGGCUCAACCUGUGCCAAAAAACUCUGAAAACGAGAGAUGCCUGAUUCUGUCCUCUUCUCCUACUGCCUCCAGGUGUCUCACAAAAAGGGAAAAAAAACUCACUUGGAAUGUUUUCCUUCUGACUGUAAAUAAUAAGGAGAAUGGGAAAAGACACUUGAAACAGGAGAUAGAUGGACUGAAGUGGAAAAACUCACUGAAAAAUAUAGUGACUACACAUUUUGCAAGGUGCUAUGUCAGCCAGUGGAGGUCCCUGAAAGACGAUCAGGUUUGACGAGGGACAGAUUUUUUUUGUUACCUUAAUGUUUUGUUUUCAUUCAGGGAUGUUAUCAGGAAAAUGUACCAGUAAAAAGAAAGCAGCUUUCCAUCUCUACAAAAUGGAAAUUGGUGUCCAGAAAAAAUCAAGUCCCUGAUAAUAAUAGUUAUACUAAAGUGUUUCAAGUUCAGUCAAGGAGGUGGGUGUUUUUUAUGUUUUAGCAAAAGCUGGAAUUCGGAUGUGAAACUGUGACAAACUCUUGUGUUUUGUUUCUUCCUCUUUAAUUCCUGUGCUUUUAUUUUGUUAACCGGUGGCCUCAGAUUGACCUCAAGCCACCUUUUUAUUUCCUGUCUUUUAUUUUGUAUUCUUUUUACCCACAAGCACAAAAUUCUUCUCUAGGUGACUCUGCAAGAUGGAGAAGUAAAAAACACACUGCCUGGGACACUGCCGGUGGAUUACCUCCUCCCGCUCUGAAACUCUCUGUACAGUGUAUAAAACCUGUAUCUGUGAACCUGUGUGUGUGACAUCACUGCAGCGUGAUUGGCUAUUGCUCUAUCUCAGUGUUACUGUGUGUAAGUACGGUGAUCAGUGUGUCUGACUGGCAGCAAGCGAGGGGCCAGCCUAUCUAGCCUGAGUCAUUUACACAGACAUCACGCAUGCUCUCACACACACAUUAAAAAACAUACACACAGACACAUAUAUACACACACACAUGCUGUACAGACAUCCUCAUUCAACACACACAGGAUCUCAUAUGAAACCCAUAUUUUCCUUCUUACGUCCUGUUUACAUUCACAUCUAGAGCUGUAGUAACUACACGCCCCUCCCCCCAACUGUGACAUCACGCCGAUAACCAUUUGCAUUAUGGGUGAUGUAGUAGGUAGAAGCUGCAUUUCAGAGAAGCCUGGAAUCUAGAACCUAGCCUAACAUUGAAACACAUUUCAACCACCCAUUCCUGUACAGCAUUUUAAUAUGUUACUCUAAUUAAUCAAUGACCACUUCUCGUAUUAGCGAGACAAUCUUACAUGUGUGAUUUUACUAGAAAAAAAAAAGUCCAUGUUAUGGUAACAAUGCUACCUAUGGUCGAGUACUUUAAAGUAUUUUUUUGCACCAUCGAUGCAAACAAUGCUAAGAUCUGUGGGACUAGUCACUGAUUAAUGGCCUUUCAUAAUGUUUUUAAACUCUUACAACACUUCAUAUCGCAACAUGUUUUUUUAAUUUUUCUCUGUCUUGUAAAAAUCAAACUUUAAAGAUAAAAUAAUAGCUAGCUGUUUUGUAGGAGAAUAAAGGCAAGAGCAGCGUUUUUCCUCUCUUAUUAAUGGUGAAUGACUCUCUGUCUUGCAAUGUUUUAAUAAGACUAUUCCAGUGUCGUCUGCACACCUGACGUAAACGGUAGUAUUUGAGUUCCUGUGCAAUGAAUUCUGGGACUAAACCAAUCUGAUACAGUGUGUCUUAAUGAAAAAAAAAAACACAUUCAUGUGUAAGGAUCAAUAAUGUUGUGUGUAUGUGUGGUGUUCACAGGACUUCAAGUACACCUCUGUUCAGAUGUGACAGACCAACAAUGUUUUUUAUGGCUGUUUUUAUUUUCUGAUGGUUUAACUAAGAUAUUAAUGAUGUACAUGUCAAAACUGUGGUAAUGAUAUCAUUCAGCCUGGAAUAAAUGUUUUAAAAAAGGAAUUAAAGCAACUUUAACGUAA